AAUGAAAAUUUAAAUCACAUUAGUUCUAUUACUUGCAUUAGUAAGUGCCCAGACAGGAGGAUGGAAAAAAGUAAAAACUAAUAAUAUACUAGCAAAAUACUACAAUCUUCAAAGCCACCAACUCAAACAGUAUCAAUGAGGCUUAAGUAGCAGUUUAAAAUAAGUAUCAACCAGAAGAAUAAGGUUAUGAGUUUUAAUAAGUUGUUUCUGUUCAAACCCAAGUAGUUGCUGGAACCAAUUAAAAUAUAGUAUUACAGUAUGAAAAUGAGGAGGGAUCAAUCUAAUAAUAUGAUGUUAUCAUUUACUCAGCGUAUUUAUUAUUAAUUUAUGUAGCCCAUGGAAUGGAUAAGAUUAAAUCACUAAAUGUGAAUAAAUAAAUGGAUAAUCAGCUUCAUUCUCAUAAACUCAAACCAUCAAUAAUGAAAAUGACAAUUAACAAAAAUUAUACAAAACUAAACGAAGCUCAUUAAGAUUGAAAGUCAGAAGAUAAGAUUAAUCAAAUAGCUCUUCAACUGGAACAUGGGAGAAUGUAAGAAUUAAAAAUAAUAUUAAUUAGAUUAAUCCAGAAGUCUUUGAACAAAGCAAUGACAACAUUAUCAAUUAAGCCAACCUUGUAGUUGCUCAAUAAUACAACCCUGAAUAAUAGGGAUAUGAAUUUGACAAGGUUAUGGAAGUCUAAACAUAAAUCGUAUCUGGAACAAACUACAAUAUUAAAUUGUUGUAUUCAAAUGGAUAAGGGUCAUAUUAAACAUAUGAUGUAUACCUUUACAUUUGGUAUAUAUAUUUUAUAAAUAUAUUUAAGCCCUUGGAACCCUUCAGCUAAUUAAGCAAAGGCUACCUUAACAGGAACCUAUUAAGUCUGA